CAAUAGUUAACAUCUACGACGACGCCCGACACCCCCCUGCCCGUCCUCGUCCAUCUCGCCCAACCCAGGCUCCCGGAGCCAGUGCCGGAGACAAAUGCCGUCCGCCCUGUUGACUCCGUUCUGGAAGCCCGGUCAGUACUACUAGGUAAGGUAGCAGAUGGUAGGCCAAAAUGGUGUGGUGUGGUGUGGUGUGGUAUGGUGUAUAGUACCAAGUGUACAAAGUCAUACAUGUGGCAAUACAUGGGUACGACAGGUCUCUCUCAACUUGGGUAACAAGAUGCAGGCAGCUACUGCCGACUCGGUACUGCAGCUGCAAGAUUCGACGGCCGUAGCAGCAGCAAGGAAGGAGCAGGCGGGUCGGUCGGGGUUCAUUCACUCAUCCAUCCAUUCAUCCAUCCCUCCAUCCAUCCAUGCAUUCGCUCGCUCGCUCGCUCGCUCGUUCAUUCAUUCUUGUGGCCCACCGCGGCGAGGCUGUCUCAGCUGCCGAUGAAACACAGCCAACGAUACCCAGCGUCUUGAUCCCCAACAUACGGCUUUCAAGUCUUCAAGCGCUGCCGAGAGACGCACCUGACCUGCUUGCUCUCCUCCAUUGCCGCAAAAUCAGACGACACUCCGUUGCAACAAGAUCACAAAGUCUAGCCAGACUUGCCCGGCCAGCUCCGGCCACUUCAUGCCCUCAAUAAGGCCUGACUCAGAAGCAGUCGAGGCGGCCAACCAAGUUCGCACGAGACGGCGCCUUCGUUGAUAGCCAUUCUACCAGGCCCCCUUCCACCAUGAUUAUCCUCCCGAGGCUUCCCGCGGCGCCACCAAGAAAACGAGGCCCCGACUUCUACAACAGACAUGACUUGCCGGCAACCUAUACGGGCGGCGGCCUUGUCAAGCAGACGCUCGUCCAGCACCAGCACCAGCCACUGACACAGCACCAGCCCGCGCCCACAUGUCGCUCGCUGCCACCACAGGUGCCCUCGCGCAUCGAGCGAUUACCCAGCGAGCUCCAGCGAAUCAUCUUCUCGUAUCUCGACUACCAGGCUCUGAUACAUCUUUCUACCCUGAAUCGCUACUUUCACCGCACCAUACAGCCUCGAGACAUGGCCGAUCCUGUCGACAUGACCCAGUUCGUGAUGCGAGCUGCCAAAGACUUCCCUCAACAUCGCCCGAGCGAGAAGGGUCACGACUACAAGCCCGGAAACUUUGAGUGCUACAUCUGCUUCCGAGUGCGCUCACCAGAUCACUUUGAUAUGCUGCAGCCCCAGGCUGCCUUUGUCGACACAACAGGCCGCAUAGUCCGUGGGCGCGAGCCCGAUGCGCGCAUCGACAGACAGGUGAUGCUUCGUCGAUUUUGCAUAGAUUGCGGUGUCUGCGAGGGUAUACAUGCCCCUUUCGACUGUUUGACCACGAGAACAGGCAAAGACUUGUGGGUGUGCAACUGCCGACAAGUCUGGUCUAAACCAGGUUGCCUUCGCUGUCCCGAUUGUCGAGGGGACUGUCCAUUGCGGCCAAGACGCAAGCUCUUGCUGUGACUCGAAUCGCGAUCGACCUUUCCAGCUAAUGCGUCGUUGGUGCUAUCAACUGUCUCGCGAUGACGUUGUGGUGGGAGCUGGAGAGUAGAGUGUCUCUUCAACCUUCCCCCAACACAAAAGUGUUCGAAGGCGGCCUGUCCCCGUCCGAGGAAUUUUUUGGAAAACAAAACCGGGGAGAUCGGGCUGGGCGUUCGGCGUUGAGCUUGCGUUGCCGGUCGCAAACCGAGACAAGGCGAGAGACGGCCGUCCUGUAAUCACUUUUAAUACAUACAUGCUUUCACUG